UUCCGAAUAGCCAGAUCGUAUUCAUAAUUCGCCUCUCGCUUUGUCCAAUCAUGAAUCGCUCGCUGAUUGUCUGAUUGAUCCUUUGAAAAUGCCUGUCGCUGAUCGCUGAGAGCGCCAACCUCUCGCCUCAUUCGCAACUCAUACUCGCUUCAUCACCCUCAGCGUCCAACCCCCCCUGCGGACAAACAUGGAUGAUAACCCAUCUUCGUCGUCGUCUUCUGCAGGGCGACUUAGAGCUCUUCUGCCAGGCCCAACUCGAGAAGGAGACUCACCCAGACCUCCACCCAAGCUGAACAUACCCAAGAGAAUAUCCGUCAAGACUGCAUGCCAAGCUUGCAGACAACGCAAAGCCAAGUGCAAUGGUCAAAGGCCAAGGUGCUCUGGCUGCAUCACUGGUGGCCGAGAAUGUCACUAUGCCAGCAACCCCUACGAAGCCGAGGCCGCAGCAAUGAAAAGGAAGCACGAUGAACUAAAAGAGCGAAUCGCUGAUCACGAGAGUCUUUACUCUUCGCUCAAGACCAGAGAGCCUCAGGAGACAGACGAGAUACUGCGGAGAAUUCGAGCCGGACAGGACGUCAAAGGCGUGACUGAGGACCUUCAGGGAGGAAAUUUGGCUACUCCUACGUCUCAGAAACAGGCAAAUCCUCUUCUACGACACAAUAGCGACAACACUUCAAACAGUGCUACAACGUCUGGAAGUGCCAGCUCACCAACAUUCUCAGUGGCACGCAUGAACCUUUCCCUACCCCAGCAGCAAACAAGGGCCAGGCUCACAGCUUUAAAUGACCAACCUGGCAGCCUCUUUGAGGAAGCCUGGCGAGAACCUCAGCGCAGAGCCUCUGACGACUCUACAUCCAUUGAUCUCCAAGGGCAUAUACUCCCUCUUUCGCGAUGGACGAAGGUCAUGCAAGAUGACAAGUUUCUAAGCCACUUGCUACUGUUGUCCUGGACGUGGGACACAUCGUGUGACCAUAUUAUCGACCGAAAUAUCUUCGAAGACGACCUGAAGAACCUCGACCCUACAACAUCGGGCGCAUCCUCAGAACUGCGAUUCUGCUCACCAUUUCUCGUCAAUGCCAUUUUGGCCAUUAGUUGCCUAUAUACGACGAAUCCAAUUACAUUCGGCAUACCGGACGAACUAAGCACCCGAGGACAGGUAUUCGCCCAAGAAGCCAUCCGGUGUCUGAAGCAAGAAGACACACGGCCUUCACUACCGGUGACACAGGGUCUGGCGCUUAUGUAUGUGUAUGAAAGCGCUCUAGGCGAUGGAGAAACGGCGCUUGAGUUCCACAGUCUUAUGCAGUCGCGGUACAUGGCGCUUAGACUUGAUGAUGUAUAUCGUUCUACGGAUACUGCUAUUGCGGGAUCGAGACAGCGAGCCGAAGCACAUGCGUUGUCUUGGAUACAAUGGGGUUUCUACGUCUGGGACUGGAAACCAAUGCACGGUCUGUGUCGUCGUCUCGUUAUCAAGAAGCCCACACGAGCUAAGACAUGGCAAGAAGAAAACUCACCACUGAAUAGAACCGAGAACCCACAGUAUUGGUGGUUCUCGUAUCCUGUUUCCGUAGCGCCUCAGCGGUCGAUGAAGCGUGAGAUAUUCGAGGCUGAAUGUAACUUCACCGAAAUCACAGAGCAGGCUCUCGAGUUCCUUGUUCCCUUGGAGCAGGGAGUUUCACCGUCUCAAAAUACAGGAAAUGCUGUAGAGUUGUACUCUAAAAUCAUGGAAUGGAAGUUCUCCUUGCCCGAAGAGCUGAGGGCUGAGAAUGCAGUUCUGCCCGCUGCUAUCCUACUACAGUAAGUCUUUUACAGGAUGACGCAGAUUUUUCUUGGUAACCAACAUGUAUCUAGUCUGAGCGCGGAUCUUGUAGCAAUCAGCAUUCUUCAACCCUUCGACCACGUCCCCAAGUCCGUCUUCGGCCCCUUUCAUCCACGUCUAACAUCCUACGCCCACGCAACAAACGCCAUGUCAACGAUCUGGCACUUUCGAGCUCUAUACACGAUCCAAAAUGAACACUGGCUCAUACAAGCAUGUUCCAUCUGCGCUUUCAAAGUCCUGUUCGCCAUUGAAGAGAGCCCUAUCCAACUCGAAACAUUCAUAAAAGCGUGUCGAGCCCUCAUGGAGCUUGGAGCAGCGUUCCCUGUGGCGGAGGAGGUUAUUUACUCUAUCGAAUCGGUGGUAAAGAAUAAAAAGGUGAAUCUACCUUCGUAUGCGAGAGAGUAUAUGCCUAACGGUGCCGGAGAGGGUGUUGGGGACUUGAAGGGUGUCAGGGUUAGGGAUCACAGUGUUAUUGUUGAGAAGGCUGAUUCAGAUAGGAGUGAAGAUCGGUUGACUAUGACGGGCCUGCUUUCUACAUUGGCUCCUAGUGAAACGGGACUGUAUUAGUUCAUGUAGACAGGUUGCGUGUAUGCAUAUCUAGAUAGAGAGGUUGGCGUUACUAGGCGGCCAAGGCGCGUCAGCGCGCAUAUGUUUGUUGUUGGAUAUAUAUAUAUAUAUUGCGAUACGCUUUACAACAACGAG